CAGGACAAGGACAAAGGACAAGGCUGUGGCCUUCUUUGCUUGGUGCUGGUCCUACUCCUCUGACCUCCAUACCCCUGGACUGCCCUGCCCACCUGGACAUGCAGAAGAUAGCGCUAGAGCCCCUAGGGGGCUUUUCCUUUGAGAACUGCCAGAGAAAUGCAUCCUUGGAACGCGCCCUCCCUGGGUUCCGGGUCCCUCACGCACUCAAGACGGGGACCACCAUUGCAGGUCUUGUAUUCCAGGACGGGGUAAUCCUGGGCGCGGAUACGCGGGCCACUAACGACUCGGUCGUGGCGGACAAGAGCUGCGAAAAGAUCCACUUCAUCGCCCCCAAAAUCUACUGCUGUGGGGCUGGAGUAGCCGCGGACGCCGAGAUGACCACGCGGAUGGCGGCAUCCAACAUAGAGCUACACGCACUAUCCACCGGCCGCGAGCCGCGCGUGGCCACUGUCACUCGCAUGUUACGCCAGAAGCUCUUCCGGUACCAGGGCCAUGUGGGCGCGUCGCUAAUCGUGGGCGGCAUAGACUUCACAGGACCCCAGCUCUACAGCGUGCACCCCCAUGGGUCCUACAGCCGUCUGCCCUUCACGGCCCUAGGCUCCGGCCAAGAUGCAGCCCUGGCAGUGCUAGAAGACCGGUUCCAGCCCAACAUGACUCUGGAGGCAGCACAGGGGCUGCUGGUGGAAGCCAUUACUGCAGGGAUCCUAAGUGACCUGGGCUCUGGGGGCAAUGUGGAUGCAUGUGUGAUCAUGGGGACCGGUGCCAAGCUGCUGCGAACACUGAGCUCUCCCACAAAGCCCACAGAAAGAUCCAGCCAGUAUCGCUUUGCCCCUGGGACCACAGCUGUCCUGUCCCAGACAGUGAUGCCGCUGACCCUGGAGCUGGUGGAAGAAACUGUGCAGGCCAUGGAUGUGGAGUGAAGUAAGCCUAGGCUUACUUGGAAUAAGGAACAAGGAGGAAUAAACCCAGAAAACACCAACACC